AUGGGUACCCAGUCCAUAGCUUCAGUAGAAGAUAGGCUAAGCCGACUUGAAGCCUUCGCUAUGGAACAUAGCAGUGGGUUGACAGCCAUUCAGCAGUCUGUUGAUGAUACUGUCCAGGGUCUGAAGUCUCAUAUGGAAGCAUGGAAGGACGAGAUCCUAGAGCUUUUGAGGUUAAACAGGCCACCACCUCCACCAGUCAUGGACCCCCCUCGGUUCAUGGUCAAGCUCAGACUCCACACCAAGCCCAGGAGAAGGAGCCUCAGGUCUAGGGAGAAGGCCAGGAAAAGAACCUGUGGGGAUCCUAGAGAUGGUGAGAGGCCAUGGGCUCCAGGGAGAGCCAAUCCAGUGGGCAGGAACUUGCAUCACAACCAAGGAGGUGACCCCCUACUAAGGGGAUUUCAGUGGGCUGACUUUGCAAAAUCAGUGUGUAAGAGAUUCUGUGAGCACAAUACUGAUGUAAUGGAGGAAUUUGCAAGCUUCAAACAAGUAAGAAAUGUCACUGACUUUGCUGAUAAAUAUGAAGAGUAUAAAGGCCUGUUGCUGCAAAAUUUUCGCUACCUUACUGAUCAAUACUUCCUAGACAAUUUCAUAAUUAGACUCAAACAACAGUUGAGAUGCUUUGUGAGAGCAUCAAGGCCUGUUAGUCUUGAGGAUGCUAUGUGGCUAGCAAAGCAGUUUGAGAGAGGGUUGAAGGUGCAAGAACCUCAGAAGAUCACUCACUACUCCCAGAAACCAGCCUACACUACCCAAAAAAACCAAACCUUCACAAAACCUAUUAAUCCCAGAAACCCUGACCCCCACAGAACCCAAAGUAACCCAAACAUUCCCAAAACCUCAGCCUCAAACACCUUCCAGUCCAAUGCCAGAUCACCAGAAAUUAACAGAUUCAGGGAUCAAUUGAGAGAGCAGAAUAGGUGUUUCAGGUGUUUUGAACCUUGGAACCCUGGACACAAGUGCAAGGGUCCCACCUUUAACAUAAUUGAAGAAGCUGAUCUCCAAGAAAAUGAAGAGGAAAUCAGUGGGGACCAACAUGAGGGGGAGGAAACACAAGAUAGGCCUGAAACAGAAGAGAUAGAGGUGACCUUAAGUGCUGUGAUUGGUGGUGAGGGGAUGAAUACCAUCAAGCUGAGGGGAACCAUUAACAGGCAGCCAAUCACCAUACUGGUAAACAGUGGGAGUACACAUAGCUUCAUAGAUCCCAAAGUAUUAGCUCGAUUAAGGAUUGUUCCAAAGGAGGCAAGACCCCUUAAAGUUACAGUGGCCAAUGGUGUUCAGAAUGAAGUUUUUGUAAAAGAUUUGAGGGUGUUUAAGCUUGGGGGUUGUGACAUGGUUCUAGGGGUGGAUUGGGUUGACUCAUAUGCCCCAAUCCAACUCUACACCAGACCUCCAGGAAUUUCAUUUCAUAAGGAUGGAAGGAAAGUUUUAUUGAAAGGGAUGACUAAGGGAAUUGCAUUACAGCAAGCUACUAAAAGGGAGGUGAGAAGGUGGAAGAAGGAGGGAGUACAAGGUUAUUUGUUGCAAGGCAUGGUUCACAAUCCCAUUAAGGACUACCCUAGGGAUCAAGCAGAUACAGUAAGUCCUGAACUGACUGAGAUCCUAGCAGAAUUUCAAGACUUAUUUGAAGAGCCCAAAACACUCCCACCUAAGAGAUCUCUUGAUCAUGAGAUUCCACUAGUGCCAGGAGCUAAACCCAUUAAUUCCAAACCUUACAGAUACUCCUUCUUACAGAAGAAUACCAUAGAAAGGAUGGUUGAGGAAAUGCUGGCAGCAGGAAUCAUUUCCCACAAUUCUUCCCCUUUUGCAUCUCCAGUCCUGUUAGUGCCUAAGAAGGAUAAUACAUGGAGAUUUUGCAUAGACUAUAGGGCACUGAAUGGUAUAACUAUUAAGAAUAAGUUCCCCAUUCCUUUGAUUGAGGAUUUGUUCUCUGAAUUAGCCCAUGCCAAGGUCUUCACUAAGCUGGACUUGAGGGCUGGGUAUCACCAGGUCAGAAUGAAGGAGGAUGAGGAAUAUAAGACAGCAUUCAGAACACACCAGGGAUUAUAUGAGUUUAAGGUCACGCCCUUUGGAUUGACAAAUGCCCCAGCCACCUUUCAAGCCCUUAUGAACCUAGUGUUCAAGCCUUUGAUCAGAAAGACAGUCCUGGUAUUUUUUGAUGACAUAUUGGUUUACAGUCCAACCUUGCAGAAGCACUGGGAGCAUCUUAAGGAGAUCCUAAGGAUCAUGAGAGACAAUAAACUGUUAGCCAAGCUUAGUAAGUGCUCUUGUGCCAAAAGGGAGGUUGAAUACCUAGGACAUAUCAUCUUUGAGAAGGGUUUGCACACUGACCCUACUAAGCUGUCUGCUGUGGCAUCUUGGCCUAGACCAGCUAACCUGAAGGAGUUAAGAGGAUUUUUGGGUCUCACAGGCUAUUAUAGAAGAUUUAUCAGAUCUUAUGGCAUUCUCAGCAGGCCACUCACUAACAUGUUAAAGAAAGAUGCAUUUCAGUGGUGUGAGGAGUCUGAAACUGCCUUUGAAACUCUAAAGCAGACCUUGUGUAGUGCACCAGUUUUGACCUUGCCUGACUUUGAUAAAGAAUUUGUAGUUGAAGCUGAUUCCUGCUAUAAGGGUAUGGGGGCAGUAUUAAUGCAGGAAGGGAAGCCAAUAGCCUAUUUUAGCAAGGGGUUUGGAGCCAAACACUUGGGACUGUCCAUCUAUGAAAAAGAGUGCCUCUCUAUUAUAAAUGCAGUGGACAAAUGGAGAUCUUACCUGAUUGGGAGGCCAUUCAUUAUCAAAACAGAUCACCAAAGUCUGAAGUUUCUAUUAGAGCAGAAGAUCACCACAGCUAUGCAACAGAAAGGGCUUACUAAGUUAUUGGGACUUAAUUAUACUAUUCAGUACAAGCAAGGAGUUGGCAACUGUGUUGCUAAUGCGUUGUCUAGGAAGAUGGAAAUUAACCAAGCUGAACACUUGGCCAUUUCUACUGUGAGGCCAUUAUGGAUAGAGGAAGUCAUCAAGAGUUAUGAGGAGGAUGAUUUAGCCUCCAAGGUUCUAACUGAGCAGCUAAUCACAGCUGAAGAAGCAUCUCUGUUUACUGUGGUUGAUGGGCUGAUCAAAUACAAGGGCAGGCUGUAUAUUGGGCAAAAGGGGGACCUGAGGAGCAAGCUCUUACUGCAGUUGCAUAACUCUCCCAUAGGUGGCCACUCAGGCCAACAGGUAACCUACCAUAGGCUCAAACAGCUAUUCUACUAG